UACAUGAAAUGAAUGAACUUCGUAAUUUUGGCACGAUUUUCAUGAUAUAUUUACUAAUUACAAACCGUGUGUAUAUUUAAAAUUACGUAACUGGUUAACAUUAUAUUAAAUACUGUACUAAAUUCAUGUCCUGCUGUGUUUCGGUAAUGAUUACUUGAUUCCAAACUGUGCAAAUCCACAUAACCUCAAAAACAAAACAAAUCGAAAUGGCGACAAAAUUCAACCCCGCAGCGUACAAUUUUCGCAAAAAAUGCCCUUUCGUGAGCAAGGAUCUGCUACGCUGGUUCCCGGGGCACAUGAACAAGGGCUUGAAACAAAUGCAAAGGAAGUUAAAGUCAGUCGAUUGUGUGAUCGAAGUUCACGACGCAAGGAUACCCUUUACAGGCAGAAAUCCCAUAUUUACGAACACAUUAACAGGUGCAAAGCCUCACAUACUAGUUCUAAAUAAGAAAGACUUGACUGUAAGUUCUUUAAUACCUAAGAUAAAGGAGCAGUUAAAGGCAGAGGAGGGAGUGCAGAAUAUAGUGUUUACUAAUAGUAAGGAUCAGAGUUGUCGCGGCUUGAAGACCUUAAGGCCGCUGAUGGUUGACCUUAUUAAAGAUUCGAAUAGGUACAACAGAAGCGAAGAGUCCGACUACAACGUAAUGAUCAUAGGGGUCCCAAAUGUGGGUAAAUCAUCCUUAAUCAACAUGCUGCGCUCGAGGAACAUGGGCAUCGGGCAUGCGUUGCCAGUUGGAGCGGUGGCCGGCGUCACCCGCAGUGUCCUGAUGAAGAUCAGGAUCAACAAUAAUCCUAAUAUAUUCAUGUUGGACACGCCUGGCAUCUUAGAACCCUCAGUGACAGACGUCGAGAUGGGUUUAAAGCUGGCUCUGUGUGGAAAUCUCCAAGAUCACCUUGUAGGCGAGGAAGCUAUUGCCGACUACUUACUCUACUGGCUCAACAAGCACGGCUGCUUCAGCUAUGUGGACUAUAUGGGGCUGGUGGAGCCCUGCGACGACAUUAACAAGGUCCUAAUCUCAGGUGCAGUGAAGUUCAACCGAAUCCGCCGGACGCGCGACUUCGACGGCACGAUGCGUGACGUGCCGGAUUUCAUCGAAGUCGCUCGGACUAUGAUCAAGGCCUUCCGCACCGGCGAGCUCGGCAGGACGCUGCUGGACAUCGAGCUGCUGAAGGACUGUAAGAGGAAAGAGGACCUUAUGGCGUAGGACGUAGAGUCGAGGUUCGAGCAAACAGAGACUUGAAAUUAAUUUUGUUUUAAACAGAAUUUUGUAAUCUCCUUAACAAAGUGUUUGGUUAAAUUAAAAGUGAAAUAUCACUGUCUCGGGCGCGACUCGAACUCGCGACUGCAUCACUAGCCCAACUGAGCUACCGAGACUUCAGCCAAAGACGGCAAAUAUUUCCACCUCGAGACGGUGAUUUUUUCUACUUUUAUAAAAUGUAUCUUAUGGAUUGAACGAUAGAGUCGAGUUUCCGAUCAGUAACGAUUCUGGCUCAAAAGAUUUGAAUGACCUGCUUUGGCUGCUUUAAAUCUUUAAUUAUUGACAAGAGGUUAACGGGUUUUGAUUCCCAAAAACUUUUCUUCUAAGUAGGUAGUGUUAGACCAAGACAAGUCUGCAACGAUUUUGAUAGCACAACACGUAGUGUAAGUCUUAUUUUAAACGU